AUGAAAAUUUGAGAUUAAUAUAAAUAAUGAGUUUAAGCACUUAAAUUAUGUGAGUAUUACGAAAUAUAAAUAAAACAAAAUAAAUUGAUAUUCUUCAAUAAGCCGAAGCUGAACCUUCGCUUUCCAAAUGAAAAAGGAAGCAAAUUUAAGUUUUGUGGGAUAUAAGUUGAUGAGGAACAAGCACGUGGAUCAAGAAAUCUCUUCCUUGAAUAGAGAGGCUUUAGAAAGGAAUGGCAUGCCUUCCUUGCUUAUGAACAUGGCACAGAUACUCACUUGGUGCGUAAGGCAUUCCGAUGAAUACAUACAUAUAUUUAAACAAGAAGCGAGAUGCUGAAAUUGAGAGAAAUUGAGAGAGAGGAUAAUUAUCGGAAAUUAUUAAAGAAAUGGCAAGCUCGUCAGGAGAGAGAGAGACGACGAUGAAGACGAGGGAAUUGAAAUUCAGAGUGUGCUUCUGUUUCAGGAGGAGGUUCAAGGUAAAGGCGGGAGAGGCACCAGAAGACGUGAGAAAAGCGUUCAACAAGUACUCGACGAACGGGACGAUGAGUGUGGACGAACUUCUCAAGUUCUUGGUGUGCGACCAAGGUGAAAGGGAGGCCACCAGGGAAGAAGCACAGCGUAUAUACGACAGUGUCAAGCAUUUGAGCUUUUUACACAGAAGAGGCCUUCAUCUUGAUGCCUUCUUCCGUUACCUCUUGGGCGAGGGCGACCAUAACGGCCCCUUGCGUCGGGUCGAGCAGGACAUGAAUGCUCCAUUGGCUCAUUAUUUCAUUUUCACAGGACAUAACUCGUACUUAACAGGCAAUCAAAUUAGCAGUGAUAGCAGCACCGAACCCAUCAUUGAUGCUUUGAAGAACGGGGUUAAAGUCAUUGAGCUCGAUUUGUGGCCAAAUUCACGAGGCGACGGUGCAGAAGUUCGUCAUGGAGGGACUUUGACAGCUCCAGUGGAACUAAGAGAUUGCUUGGAAGCUAUCAAGGAACAUGCAUUCGAAGCUUCUGAUUAUCCUGUGAUCAUAACUUUUGAAGACCAUUUAAAUUCACGUCUUCAAGCCAAAGUGGCCCAGAUGGUUAGAGGAAUUUUUGGACAGAUGUUGUACUGCCCGGAUUCAAGAAAUACGGAACAGACGCAGUUUCCAUCUCCCGAAUCUCUCAAGGGAAAAAUCAUGAUUUCUACAAAACCACCAGAGCAUCCUGAUAGAAGGGGUAUUGACGAAUUAGAAUUUGAUGAGGAUGUUACAGAAUACAGGAAUCUGAUAGCCAUUCAUGCUGGAAAGCCCAAGGGUUCUGUGGAACAUUGGCUGCUUACCGGUCAAAGUCGAGUCAGACGUGUUAGCUUGAGUGAGCAAGAACUUGAAGAUAUUGCCAAUACUUAUGGAAAAGAUCUCGUCAGAUUUACCCAAAACAAUUUGUUGAGGAUAUACCCUAAAGGCACGCGUCUGGACUCAUCUAAUUAUAACCCUAUGAUUGGAUGGUCCCAUGGAGCUCAAAUGGUGGCAUUCAAUAUGCAGGGACAUGGGAAGUAUCUAUGGAUCAUGGAAGGGAUGUUCAGAGCAUAUGGCAGCUGCGGCUAUGUUAAAAAACCAGACAUCCUCUUGGAGGACCCUGAUGAUGUUUUUUAUCCUUUCCAAGCUGAUGACCCUAUAAAACAGCACCUGCUGGUUACGGUGUACAUGGGAGAUGGGUGGCGUUCAGAUUUUGGAGGAACACACUUCGAUUUCUAUUCACCUCCAGAUUUCUUUGUAAAGGUAGGCAUUAGUGGAGUCGCCGGGGAUUCAACAGAAAUGAAGAAGACGAAGGCGGUGGAAGACCAGUGGGUGCCUGUUUGGAACGAGAGAUUUAAGUUCCAAUUAAGAGUUCCAGAAUUGGCAAUUCUUCGAGUCGAGGUGAUGGAGUUUGACACGUCAGGCAAACACGACUUUGGAGGCCAAACUUGUCUUCCCGUCUCUCUCAUCAAAACUGGCAUUCGAGCCGUUCCUUUGUACAAUCGGAAAGGUCAACUUUACCCCUCCGUCAGGCUUCUCAUGGGCUUUGAAUUUGUUGAUUCUGACUCUGCUGGCUUCUACUACUAAUCAUUCAUCCAUUCAAUCCCAGCUUAAUUAAUUUCAACUUCGACGUUUCUCGUGCUUUAAUUAUACAUUAUGCAGGGUAUUUUCGCUGUUUAUGCUGUAAUUUAUGCUCUCUAAUUACCAUAUUCAUCAUUCCUCCAAUAUGUCCUCUCAUCAUCUCAACCGUCGUGAAGAUUCUAUCAUUUAAGUAAAGUCUGGUGAUUAUUUCUGCCUAUAUAUACUCUGGCCUUUCC